AUGGAACAAAAAAUUAAGAUAAUCUUUUUUUUUAAAAUAGGUAUGUUUAUCUUUCUAAUUUGGAUGAGUACUAUUAAUAAAUCAAUAGGAGCGUAUAAGUAUGAUAUAAAUUUAGAUUUAGGAAAUUAUCUAUUACUAGCAAAAUGAGAAGAAAAAAAUGAUUCUAACAUUGUAAAGUCAUUAGAAGAGAUACAUAAUAAAAAAGAUAACAAUGAAAAGUUUACAUCCAACAAUCAAAAGAGGAACAAAGUAACAAAUACACAAUUAAGGGGAAGCUCGUUAUAUAAAGAAGAAUUUGAUAAACAGUAUAGGUAAUAUAAAAGAAUAAUGUAUGCAGGAAAAAAAUUAUCUGAAUUGGAAAUAUAAAUUUUCAAGUAACUUGAUUACAUAUAUUUUAUUAAAAAAAAAACAUCGUCUAUUGUCAAUAAGAUAUACCAAAAGUUAAUAUGUAAAAAGUUGGGACAUAUAAUAUUUUUACCUACUUUAGUACUUUCGUGGAUGUUAUUAGUAUCAUUAGGAGCUAUAAUUUAUGGUUUUUUUAGUGAUGAAAUCAAAUCACAGUUUGUCUUCAUAUAAUUUCUUGUAUUAUUGGUUAUAUCAAUUGUUAUAUUAAUGUUAUGUUCUGUUUUUACUUAUAUGAAGUUUAGAAAAUAUAAAAGAAUUGUGAAGGGGAAAUGUUAA